UUUAAAGUAGACUGAUGUAGUUUGCAUUAAAAAUAUUAAAAAGGUUUUUUCAUAGUUUUAUAUUGUUUAAAAAAUUAUAAAAAUAUUUUAUCCUGCAAAUGUAUGGCUUUUUUGAAGAGGUUAAGAAAAAUAAAAAGUGUUGACAGUGAUGAAACUGAUACAAGCAUUGAAAAACAAAUAUUUCACUUAAUUGAUCGAGCAAGUUCAAAGAAUCAUGUAGUUGAAGCCCAAAUAUCACCAAAAGCUAAUUAUGCUGGUUUACAUCCAUUACUGAUAGAGUCAAAAAGUUUUCCAAGAGGUAACCCCCUUUAUAACAAAAAGAAAGAAGAUGUCAAAUUGCGAUCCUAUUAUUAUUCUGGCAGUAUGAAUGGAAAUAAUGAUUUUUCUUUUCCUUAUCAUAAAAGACGUUCUGCUGAACUUAGUUGGGAUAAUCGCAGACCUUUAUUUUUUCAUAAAACGUUUGAGAUUAAAAAAGCUGUUAGUACUGGCGACUUAAACUCACUCCAAGAUAAUUUCAAUCAUAAUAGCAGCUAUCAAAAUGAAGACUUGUCCAAUGAGAAUGAUUUUGUUUUAUCUUCAAACCCAAAUGUUUCAUUUAGGAAAUCAAAUACAAACAAAAUUUUUCCUUUAGGGAAACAACUCAGUUUAUCACUGACAACACUUGAUGAUAAAAAGGUUUUGAAAGCCAAAAAGACCCCUUAUAGAAGCAUGCCAUUAUUUGCAUUAAAUGGAGAUAGUGUAGAGGAUAUUGAUAAAGUUCUUAAUACAACAUGGCCUACUUCAAGCCUUCAUAAAAACAUUAGCACAGAUGUUGAAUCUAGUUCUAGUAAUAACGUUGAAAAAACUAUUAAUAAAAAUGAUUUUAAUGAUUUAGAUAAUUUAUCAAAUGAGAAUAAUAUAACUAUAGAUGAAAAAUGUAACGAAACUUUAUCUCAAAACAAUUUCAAUACUUUUAAUAAUGAAAGUGAGUUCAAAUUAAUCAGUCUACAAGAUAAAAAUUCAAACUAUCAACAAGAUAAUGAUCUUUUAGAGUCAAACAAUCAAUCAAAUAAUAUUAUGAAAUCGCUUCUCAGUAAUGAAAAUGAAGAAAAACACAAUAUACCUGUAACUCCAAGUAUGAAAAAUAAAGGUCCAAAAAUUGUCAUAAAAGAAAACAAAGAUUUUUCUUUAAAAGAGUUAUCCAGGUACGUCCCCCUGACGUUUUUUUCGGAGCAAAAGUCAAGAGAAUUUUUUGGUAGUUUUUCCUCGUUUUUAAAUGUGGAUGCAGAACAAAAAAAUCCUGUGAACCUAAAAACUUUACUUGAAGAGCAUUCAACUCGUGAAAAAAAUGUAGUUGAUGCUUAUUUGAAUAACGAAGGAUUAGAGGAAAGUGAAGAAUAUUGUGUGACUGAAAGCAAUCAACGUGAUAUAAUUGAUUUUCUUUUUGAACUUACAGGCGAUAGUGUGUAUCCAGAUAAAGCCUGUAAAAGAACAGUUCUUGCCUUUAAAGUAAGAUGCUACAACUUUGGCAAUGAUUGUGAAUGGAUUGGUGAAUUAGGAAAUUUGCAAGAUCAUUUAGAGCAGUGUCAACUUAUUGAAGUGGCAUGUGUUAAUGCAUGUGGCAGGAAAGAUAUUCAUAGAAACCAGAUGAGUCAACACACUGAUGCUGAUGGUGAUUGUCCUCUAGCAAUAGUCGCGUGUCGCUACAGUGAUGUAGGCUGCAAAUUUAAGGCACGGCGAAACGAAUUAGAAGAUCAUUUGCGUGAGUCCAUAGAAGAGCAUUUAAAAUUUGCUCAUAUGCGAAUUCGAGAGCUUGAGAUUCGCCAAGAAACAAUAUGUAUGAAUGGCAAGUUUUUAUGGAAGAUAACAAACUAUGACUUACUAAUGAAACAAUCGGCAACAAAAAAAGACAAAGAAAAAUUGUGUAGUCCCCCUUUCUAUACAGGUCAAUAUGGUUAUAAACUUCGUGCUGAAGCAUUUUUAAAUGGUCUCGGCCAAGGAAAAGGUUCUCACCUUUCUUUGUACGUGGUCAUAAUGAAAGGCGAGUAUGACGCAAUAUUACCAUGGCCGUUCAGGCAAAAUGUCGACUUUGUUCUUAUAGACCAAGAUGAAGAAGUGAAUAACCGAGUCAACAAAAUUUGGAAGCUUUCAUGUGAGCGAAAUAGCGAUUAUUUUAAGCGUCCAAACAAAUCAAAAAGUUUAGGUUUUGGUUGUCCAAAAUUUGUUUCUUUGGAAACAUUGAAAUCGAGAAAUUAUAUAAAAGAACAGACUCUUUUCAUUAAAAUAGAGGUGGAGCCCACAGAUUGCCUUGUCUUUAAUCCUGUAGGAUUUGUUCAUUAAUAUAUAUAUAUAUAUAUAUAUAUAUAUAUAUAUAUAUAUAUAUAUAUAUAUAUAUAUAUAUAUAUAUAUAUAUAUAUAUAUAUAUAUAUAUAUAUAUAUAUAUAUAUAUAUAUAUAUAUAUAUAUAUAUAUAUAUAUAUAUAUAUAUAUAUAUAUAUAUAUAUGUCUGGUAUAUAAAUAUAUCUGUGUGUAUCGUCGUGUAACUGUUUGAAUACUUAUAAAUAUUGUGUUCACGCUACGCUAGUUAAUUUACUUGAAUUCGUUUUGGAAUUAACAACUUUUUUUCUUUCUUGAUCAA